AUGGAGAUGAAAACCAGCGAUCGCGGUGGCGGGCCGAAAGCCAUGGGUGAGAAGUUGAUGCAAGAAGUUGCUGAAUUAGCAAACAAGACAAAGAAGGUGGGGAAAGACGAUCCAAGACGAAUAGUUCACUCUCUAAAGGUUGCGUUAGCCAUUACCAUAGUGUCUUUGUUCUACUAUUUUGAGCCUCUUUAUGACAAUUUUGGUGCAUCUUCCAUAUGGGCUAUCAUCACUGUCAUUGUCGUCUUUGAGUUUUCUGUUGGAACAACUCUUGGAAAAGGGUUGAAUAGAGGAAUGGCAACUUCAAUAGGCGGAGCUCUAGGGUUUGGAGCUCAUUACAUUGCAAGCUUUAGCGGAAAGAUUGCACACCCCGUAUUGCUUGGGAUAUUCAUAUGCAUAAUAGCUGCAGCAACGACGUAUUUUCGAUUCGUCCCGAAGCUGAAGGCGAGAUACGAUUACGGGCUUCUGAUAUUCAUGUUGACGUUUAGUAUGGUGACAGUGUCUAGUUUUAGAGACGAUGAGAUCUUGAAACUUGCUUGGCAUAGGCUUAUAAAUAUUCUGAUUGGUGGCCUUGUUGCUGUGGUUAUUUGCAUCUUUGUUCGCCCUGUUUGGGCUGGCUCCGAUCUUCACCAAAUGGUUGCCACCAAUAUUGAAAAUCUAGGGACAUUCUUUGAAGGUUUUGGGGUUGAUUAUUUUGGAGCAUCUCAAGGAGAGUCUGUUGGAGGAGCAAAUACAAAUAUGCUGAAGUAUAGAAGUGUCUUGUCUUCUAAACAAAAUGAAGAAUCUUUGAUGCCCGUAGAAAUGAAGACCCAAUAUCAAGAACAUUGCUUGCAACUAUGCACUGAAUCAGGCAAAGCUUUGAAGGCCAUGGCAAUGGCAAUAAGAGAUAUAACUCCUCCGACCACGGCUGAGUCCCACAUCGAGAAAGCGAACAAGACGACCGAGGAGCUCAAGACUCUUCUAACGAGUAGCCACUUUAAUGGUGGCAUGGAGAUGGUAUUAGCUACAACUUUGAUCAUAUUGCUCAUUGAUUCCUUCUCUUGUUCUCAGAAGAUUGCUGAUUCUGUUCAUGAGUUGGUUUCCUUGGCCCGGUUGAAGACCGUGGCGCCACCGCAGUCCGAUGUGGCACCGGUGGAGCACCAGAGUUUAUCACACGCAGCCGAUCAUCAUGUUAUUACCAUCAACCACACUCAACAAAGUGCAGAAUAG